AUGCAAUUCAACCAACUGUUGUUCUUCUGGUAUUUCGUGGUUUUUCAGCGAUCUGUCUAUGCACUGUUGGAUAAUGCCAAAUCUAUACUUCCUCUACAAGACUCGAACGGUAUAAUAAGAGUCACCGAUGCCAAUUAUGAUGAGUUAAAGAGUGGUGUUUUUGACUACUAUAACAUUCUGUUCAUUACCACCACUAAAAGUAAUAAACAGGGUUUAGUUUGCGAGACGUGCAAUAAAUUUGAACCCAUUUAUCGGAAAGUAUCGUUAGCUACUCAUCAGCAAGCACCUGGGGCCAAAGUGCUGUUUUUCCAAGCCGAUGUAAGUGAGAAUAGGAAACUUGUUAAGGAAAUAGGGCUCACUACAAUUCCUCACGUUCUAGUGUUCCCACCACCCCAGUUAGGAGAUGAAUUCAAAUGGUCCAAAUCAGAAUUUUAUCAGUACGAGUUGAAUUCUAAUAGUGUUAAGACACCAUUGCAUUUUGGGGAUUUUCUGGCAAAAAUCCUGAAAGUGUACAUUGGAAUUAGUGAAGAUUUCGAGUACAAGGAAUUUGCCAUUUAUUUUGCCAUUUGUGUGAUCGUGUUCUCUAUUUUAAAACGCAAAGUUCUCCCCAUGAUCCCAAAUAAAUCUAAAUUCUUUUGUGGGCUAUUCUCUUUGGGUAUCAUAAUGCUCAGUAUUACAGGUUUCAAAUUUACUCAGAUGAAUGGGAUUCCAUUUAUCGCCCGUGACUCUAAGGGCCAAAUAAUGUACUUUAGUGGUGGUAUGAGCUGGCAAUUCGGAAUCGAGAUUUUUACUGUUUCGAUGAUGUACAUCGGUAUGGGGCUUGCGACAUUGACCUUGAUAUACAUUGUGAAAACGGGAACAGAAACUCGAUUGAAGAAUGGGGCGAUGAUAGCCAUCUCAUGUCUUGUGUAUUAUACGUUCUCGUAUUUCCUAUCAUGCUUCAAAAUCAAGAAUCCCGAAUACCCAUAUACAAUAUGA